UCCGUUUCUCCCAGUCGUGUUCAGUGCAGCAGCCACAAGAUCUGAGGAAACUCACCCACUCCCGUGUCUCGGAUACUUUACGGUCCCACGGACGCGCCGCCCGCCCGGUCUCCAAUCACCCGUUCAGUUUGGCCCCGGGAAUCGAGAACAGUCCCGUCUUGAGAUGAUGUUGAGUCUCGGUCUGUUCGUGUCCCUGGUGUUUUUGACGGUGUCGGUUACCGGCAGCAGUGACGGAAACCCGCUGGACAAUGAUAAGUGGAUGAGCACCGUGUCCCAGUACGACAAGAGCAAAUACUGGAACAAAUUCCGCGACGAGGUUGAGGACGAUUACUUCAGAACCUGGAACCCCAACAAAGCACAAGACCAAGGGCUGGACAGCACUAAAGACCCCUGUCUGAAGGUUCACUGCCCUCCUCACAAAGUGUGUGUGAGCCACGACUUCCAGACGGCCAUCUGCACCAAUCACAAACCAGCUCAGCACAGUGUUAAACCCAGGAACGGAAAUCUUCCCCAUAAACGUUGGAUGGGAGCUAUGAAUCAUGGGAAAUGUAGGCCAUGUCCUGUAGUUCACUCCAGCUCAGUGUGCGGCUCGGAUGGACACACAUACUCCUCAAAGUGUAAACUUGAAUUCCAGGCCUGCAGCUCCAGUAAGAGCAUCUCUGUGAAGUGUGAGGGGCCGUGUCCCUGCCUGCCAGGACCGGAAGUCAUCAAAUCACACACGGAGAAGAACGGCUGCAGUGAUGCUGAUUUGAGAAGUUUAGCAUCCAGACUCAAAGACUGGUUCGGGGUUUUGCACACAGACGCCAACAGAGACCUGAAGACCACCACGAGCGACACUGCACAAGGACGUUUUGACACAAGCAUUUUACCCAUCUGUAAAGAUUCUCUCGGGUGGAUGUUCAACAAGCUGGACAUGAACUAUGACCUCCUCCUCGACCAAUCAGAGCUCAGCGCCAUUUACCUCGACAAAUACGAGCUGUGCAUGCGGCCGCUGUUCAACUCCUGCGACUCCUUUAAAGACGGAAAGCUGUCCAACAACGAGUGGUGUUACUGUUUCCAGAAACCUGACGGCAUGCCAUGUCAAAAUGAGAUGAACAGAAUUCAUUCUCAAAGCCGAAGGAAGAUACUGAUAGGGACGUAUGUACCGCGCUGUACUGAAGACGGUUAUUUUAAGGCCACUCAGUGUCAUGGCAGCACCGCUCAGUGCUGGUGUGUCGACAAAUACGGCAACGAGAUCGCAGGAUCCCGCAGACAGGGCAACCCUACCUGUGAGGAGGAUCAGGAGACAUCUGGAGAUUUCGGCAGCGGUGGUGCCGUGAUUCUACUGGACGAUCAGGAGGAGUCUCCGCAGCGUGGGCGGGGUCGACAGAAAGAGAGGCGGGGUCGACUCCACCCCCGCGGGGCGAUCGAGGAUGACGAAGACGGAGAGGAUGACGAGAUUGGCUACGUCUGGUAGCUCCGCCCACCCAUCUUCUGUUAAUUAACCAGGGACCCAUGUUAAAAUGCACAGUUCUGAAGCCAUUCCAGCUCCGCCCCUCGGACACGCCCCCUUCUUCCUGCCCCGCUCUCAUUCUGGAUCCAAACUUGUCCUCCUCAUUCUCUCUUUCUUUAGCCACCUCUUCACGUUCUGUCCUCUGUCUUCCCUCGCUCAAACACUCCUCUAGUAUUCUAGAUGCCUCUUUGCGGCUCUAGAUGGUAGACGCGCAUGACGAGAUUGUUAAGCCUUCCGGGGCUUCUUACCAGUUCUACAUAAGAUCUUUUAAAAGGGUUCGUUCUCAGUGGUGGUAUGCAUGAACGCCACUGUAGAAUGCAUGAAACUGAGACCUUUGUGGGUGAGGAUCAGGUGGGCUUGAGCCAAAGGCGCACUACAAGAUUGAAGCUCAUCAUGCUUUUUAUGCUCUAAAUCCGCCACACGAGGCUGCAGAUCGUAGCGCAUGCUCAUCAAUAAUGGUCUCUUUGUGUGAGACACGUGGCAACUAGUCAGAGAUGCUAUAAUACAUUUAAAACUAGAUCAAAUCUGAGUAAAGAGUGACAUCAGUGAGAAUAUGAGAGUAACAGUAGGUUGAGACUUUUCCAAAACACUUUUUCCAACAUAUUUCUGUUAAAAUGUGCAAAUCUGUGCAAAAAUGACCCGAGCCCUUCCUCUGUGUGGUUUGUGUGAAUUACUCUGUGUGAGAAUGAAAGAGUUUGGCUGGUGAUUGCCGAGUGUAGUGUCACAAAAACAAGUGUAAAUGUGCGCAGGAUGAUGAGCUUCAGUCAUGCUGUGUGUAUUUGACUUUGCUGCUUUUACGUCAUUUCACAAUUACUGUAAUUAGAAGUAGAAUUUUUGUAUCUAGUAUUUAUAUUUCAGAUCAUUUCCAUUUACUCGAGAUGCAGAACGACAUUAGAUAUUAAGUCUUGCUUUCUGAGAAAUUGAUCAAAAUGAAGCGAGUUCAUUCUUAAACAAUAACAAAUAUCUGCCAAUGGGGUCAGAAAAAUGUAAUAAUAAUAACAAUUUGACCAUUUUAAUGAACUUCAAGGUAAUUUUUCUGACCCUAUUGACAGAUAUUUAUUCUUUCUUGUUUUGAGCAACUUCGUGAACUUUCCAAAAUCAGGCAAUUAUUUUGCAGAAAACAAGACUUUAAUGUUUAAUGUUUCGUGUCAUGUUGCAUUUGAAGUACAGUGAUGUGAAUAAGUUUGGACACCCAAGCUAAAGUUG